AUGGAUAGCUGUAUAGAACUUUUUAACACACCUAUUUACAUGUCAAAAGGAUAGACGUUUUCCCAGAUAAAAUCCAAGACAUAAUAUAUUGGAUAAGAGAAUUCUGGUGUACAUAAUAUGAUAUAUUUGUUAUAAGCUGACCAAGUGAAGUACCGUGUGGGAUGGAUGUUUGAAAUCCAGGUGUUUCAGUCUUAGGAACACACAUGGGACAGAAAUUGAUAUGAUACCAUGACAAAUUUUUAUAAUACAAAAAGUUGUUUCUGUCAUCGAUGACUUAACUUCUUCUGAAAUUGUUCUGAGUUUCGCUUUUAUUAUUAUGUCUACAAGCAUUAGUCCUCUAGCAGCAGUAGAGAGUGUCUCAGAAAUGGAGAUGGUGACAGAAAGAAAAACUGGAAGUUUGGUGUUUGCUGUUAAUGGUGAGAGGUUUGAGCUUCCAGCAGUUGAUCCUUCAACCACAUUGCUUGAGUUCUUGCGUACACAGACCCCCUUCAAAAGUGUCAAGCUUGGUUGUGGUGAAGGAGGUUGUGGUGCUUGUGUUGUGCUGCUGUCCAAGUAUGAUCCUGUGCUUGACAAAGUCGAGGAUUGUACUAUAAGUUCGUGUUUGACACUACUAUGCAAUAUCAAUACAUGUUCAAUUACAACAUCUGAAGGCCUUGGAAAUAGCAAAGAUGGGUUCCACCCGAUUCACCAAAGGUUUGCUGGUUUCCAUGCUUCUCAGUGUGGCUUUUGUACUCCUGGAAUGUGUGUCUCACUCUUUGGGGCUCUUGUCAAUGCUGAAAAAACCAAUCGGUUGGAGCCCCCUUCAGGGUUCUCCAAGCUCACUGUUUCUGAAGCUGAAAAGGCUGUUGCUGGGAACCUCUGUCGCUGUACUGGUUACCGACCCAUUGCUGAUGCCUGCAAGAGCCUUGCAGCUGAUGUUGAUAUUGAGGAUUUGGGGUUCAACUCCUUUUGGAGAAAAGAAGACAGUAAGGAAGUAAAGAAAAGUAAAUUACCUUUGUACAACUGUAAUAAUUUGAUCUGUACAUUUCCGGAGUUCUUGAAGAAGGAAGUAAGGUCUGGCAUGUAUUUGGAUUCUGAAAGAUAUAACUGGUACAGUCCUGCUAGUGUUGGGGAGCUUCAAAACUUGUUGAAAGUUAAUAAAGGGACUGACAUGAAGAUAGGAGUUGGUAACACAGGGACCGGCUAUUACAAGGAACUUGAACGAUAUGAAACAUAUAUUGAUCUGAAACAUAUUCCUGAGCUCUCAAUACUUAGGAUUGAUCAAACAGGAGUUGAGAUUGGAGCAGCUGUAACAACCGCCAAAAUUAUUGAAGCUUUGAAGAAUGAAAUCCAACAUGACUUUAUCUCAAGAAACGAGAUUGUGUUCAGAAAACUUGCCAACCAUAUGGAGAAAGUUGCUUCAGGGUCCAUCAGAAAUACUGCUAGUGUGGGAGGAAAUUUGGUGAUGGCACAAAGGAAAAAUUUUCCUUCAGAUAUCGCUACAAUACUUCUUGCUGUUGAUUCAGUGGUUGAUAUAAUGAAUGGUCACCAAUUAGAAAGAAUUACACUGGAGGAGUUUCUGCUAAGGCCUCCUUUAGAUUCUAAUGGUGUGCUUGCAAGUGUAAGAAUCCCAUUAGCUAGGAAAGUUUCUCCAGAAACCAAUACUAUCUUGGUCUUUGAAACCUAUCGUGCUGCACCCCGACCUUUAGGAAGUGCAUUGGCUUUUUUGAAUGCUGCCUUCUUGGCUGAAGUUUCUCCAUGUGACACUUCUAAUGGAAUCUUGGUGAAUCAUUGUCAGUUGGCUUUUGGUGCUUACGGAACGAAACAUGCAAUUAGGGCACGAAGGGUUGAAGAAUUUUUAACUGGAAAAUUUCUAAAUGCUGAGGUCUUAUAUGAAGCUAUCAAAUUGGUUAGAGCUACUGUGAUUCCUGAAGAUGGCACUGCAAAUCCUGCUUAUAGGUCAAGCUUGGCUGCUGGUUGUCUUUUCGAGUUCUUUACUUCCUUGAUAGAAAGUGGUGCUGAAGUAACCAAUAGUGUCUUGAAUGGAUAUAAAAACAAUUCAUUAGUCAAACAAUCUAAGCUAGGACAGAAUUAUAACCAGUUUCACUCUGACAAGAUUCCAACAUUGCUAUCGUCUGCAAAGCAGGUGCUGGAAUUAAGUAAACACUACUAUCCAGUUGGUGAGCCAAUUACGAAAUCUGGAGCAGCCAUCCAAGCUUCAGGUGAGGCUGUAUAUGUAGAUGACAUUCCUUCACCAACUAAUUGCUUACAUGGCGCAUUCAUUUAUAGCACUAAGCCCCUAGCGUGGGUGAGGAGCAUAAAUGUCAACUUGGGACCACAUCCAGAUGGAGUUGCAGCAGUAAUAUCACAUAAAGACAUUCCUGAACAUGGGGAGAAUAUAGGAUCACACUUUUCCUUUGGUAUUGAACCUUUGUUUGCUGAUGAUCUUACUCAGUGUGCUGGUCAGCGUCUUGCCUGUGUGGUUGCAGAUACACAAAAACAUGCAGAUAGGGCUGCAAACAGUGCAGCGGUUAAUUAUGGAAUGGAAAAUCUAGAGCAACCUAUUUUAUCUGUAGAAGAGGCUGUUGAAAGGUCUAGUUUCUUUGAGGUCCCUCCUUCCAUUUACCCAAAACCAGUUGGUGAUAUAUCGAAAGGAAUGGCCAUGGCUGAUCACAAGAUUAUAUCUGCUGAGAUCAAACUGGGUUCUCAAUACUAUUUCUAUAUGGAGACACAAACUGCUCUUGCAGUACCAGAUGAAGACAACUGCAUUGUAGUUUACAGUUCAACUCAGGUUCCUGAGCAUGCACAUGGUAUUAUUGCAAGAUGUCUGGGUAUUCCUGAACAUAAUAUCCGCGUUCUUACAAGAAGAGUUGGAGGUGGAUUUGGUGGAAAGGUCGUACCUUCCAUGCCUGUUGCAACAGCAUGUGCUCUUGCAGCACAUAGAUUACGUCGCCCUGUCCGGAUGUAUAUGAAUCGCAAGACUGAUAUGAUAACAACAGGAGGAAGGCAUCCCUUAAAAAUCACUUACACUGUUGGAUUCAAGUCCGAUGGAAAGAUUACAGCUUUACAACUACAAAUAUUGAUUGAUGCAGGGACUUCACCAGAUUUAAGUCCAGUCAUGCCAUGCAAUAUACUAACUGCACUUCGGAAAUAUGAUUGGGGUGCUCUAUCUUUUGACAUAAAGGUAUGCAAAACAAACACUAUAAGUAAGACAGCAAUGCGGGCACCUGGAGAUGUACAGGGAUCAUUUAUUGCCGAAGCUAUAAUCGAACAUGUGGCAUCUACCCUUUCAUUAGAUGUUGAUUCUGUAAGAAAUCUAAAUCUUCACAAGUAUGACAGCCUUAAAUUAUUCUAUCAGAAUAGUGCUGGUGAACCUUUAGAGUAUACUUUACCCUCAAUAUGGGAUAGGUUGGCUGUGUCUUCAAGCUUUAACUGGAGGAUCAAAAUGGUAAACGAAUUCAAUAGGUACAAUAAAUGGAAAAAAAGGGGAAUUUCUCGGGUACCUAUUAUAUAUGGAGUGUCAUUGAGACCAACUCCCGGGAGGGUAAGCAUACUAAAGGAUGGAUCUAUUGUUAUUGAAGUUGGAGGUAUUGAGAUAGGCCAAGGACUUUGGACAAAGGUAAAACAGAUGGCUGCUUUUGCGCUCAAUUCAGUCCUUAGUAAUGGAGAUGGAGACCUCUUGGAUAGAAUGCGAGUCAUACAAGCUGAUACAUUAAGCUUAAUUCAAGGUGGUAUGACUGCUGGAAGCACUACAUCAGAGUCAAGCUGUGAGGCAAUAAGGCUGUGUUGUAAUAUUCUUGUUGAGAGGCUGACUCCUUUCAAGAAGAGGUUGCAGGAGCAAAUGGGACCUAUCAAAUGGGAGACUCUUAUUUCUCAGGCACACUUGCAAUCUGUGAACUUAGCAGCAAGCUCUUUCUAUGUCCCUGAUACAGCAUCGUGCUCAUACCUGAAUUAUGGUGUAGCAGUGAGUGAGGUUGAGAUAAAUCUUCUGACUGGAGAAACUACAAUUUUGCAAGUGGAUAUUUUGUAUGACUGUGGACAGAGUCUCAACCCUGCUGUGGAUCUAGGACAGAUUGAGGGAUCUUUUGUUCAAGGAAUUGGGUUUUUCAUGUCUGAAGAAUGGCUGACAAAUUCUGAUGGAUUGUUGGUUACUGACAGUACAUGGACAUAUAAGAUUCCUUCGGUGGACACCAUACCCAAACAGUUCAAUGUUGAAAUAUUAAACAGCAGCCAUCAUGAAAAACGUGUUCUUUCUUCAAAAGCUUCUGGUGAGCCACCAUUACUGCUAGCUGUUUCUGUUCAUUGUGCUACAAGAACUGCAAUUAAAGAAGCUAGAAAACAGCUUCUUUCAUGGAGUGGCCAAGAUGGUUCAGAGUCAAUGUUCCAAUUGGAUGUUCCAGCUACCAUGCCUGUUGUGAAGGAGCUUUGUGGGCUUGACAUUGUGGAGAAGUACUUGGAAUGGAGUUUAGGCUGCAAGAAAUAAAGGAGCCUUUUGUUGGGGAUGCAGACAGAGUUUCAAAUGUUUAUUUUAUACAGAGUUCAAACAAGUUAUAUGUCAUGACACAACUGUUGGUCCAUGGUUCUAUAACUGGUUUGAGUGGAGUAAUUAAUCUUUCAUAAGGAUUUAACAGUUUUCUUUUCCUUUGAAGUCUGUUUACGGUGUGGAAAUAAAAAAAUGCAGCAAUUUAUGUAGUUGAAUGAGAAUCUAUGUCUAUGGAA